UUUUUCUCUCAUAUUAAAAUCUUUUUAAACAUGUCCAAGAAAAAUAACGCUCGCUCUAAUAAGAAAGGUAUUCCUACAAGUAAUCCAAAUGAAGUACUCGAAAGAGAAGUUUCAGUACCAGACCACACCGUGGUUGAAGCUGAAGAAGCCAAUAAACCAAUUCCUAGCUACUCCUUCUUUUCUCGCGUUCUCUCUAUUCCAUUGAUUCGUGAUGCUCAAUAUUACGCCAAUCAAAACUCCAUUAGUCGUUUUGCUAUCACAAAGGCGGAGUCCACUAUCAAGAUGGCCGCCUCUAUUGCGUCACCGUAUGCUGAAAAAUACAAGCAUCAUCUACUCAAAGCCGAUCAAAUGGGUUGUCAAUCGCUUGAUUUGGUUGAAAAUAAAUUUCCUGUUGUCCGUCAAGAUGCAGCCGAAAUAUAUACAAGUGUGGUACAAGCACCUACUGAACUCGUGAACCGAUAUCUGCCUCCCAAGAAGGAUGAAUCAUCAAGGAAUGUGGAUGAUAAUAGAAAUGUCUUGUCCAUUGUAAAAGAAAGGUUGGCUCACAGAUUGCAAUCGAUUCCCCAUUCAAAAGCCGACGUGGCUCGUUUGGCUGAAACACUCCAAGAAACAUUCCAUUCUAUCCAAAUAGCAAAUACUCGUCUCAAUGAUUUUAUUGUCUCUUUGAAAGGUGGUUAUACUUCCACUCAAAAUAAGGCAAAUCAACGCAUUAAUGAAUUGACAAUUGACUUGAUCAAACGCUUGGAUUCCGCCGCUGCUUAUGUCAAGGAACAUCACGUUAUCUCAAACUUGCCUUCUUCUUUACAUAUUGUGGUAAACCCUCUCGUCACAUUUGCUUCCAAUGAGUAUGAAAUUGUUCGUACCCAAGUUUUGAAGGAUGAUUUGGCUCCUUUACAGAAGGCUACCAAUAUCAUGCACUUGACUCAAGAAUAUGUAUUGCCUUUAAUCCAAAAUUCUAUCCAACAAGUUCGUCAAUACAGUCUUUAUUCAAAUAAUUCCAAAGGAAAUAAAGAGGCUUCCUCUGGUCUUGUAAGCGCUUCCGCAUAACAGCACCGUUUUCCUUCUAUAUAACAAUUCCCUUCCCCCAGUACAUAUUUCUCAUUAAAUAAAUAAAAAUCUUUUUUGCCACUUAAA